AUGAUAUACAGAACUGGUCUCUCCGGUCUUGCCGGUCGUCUCACCUUUUGUCGAAGUAUAUCGGGGACCCAUUCGCUUCCCGUUAAUCAGACAUUGGAAAUUUUACGUGCAACUAAUGCUGAUUUCGAAGGUCUCUUUACCCACAAGGCAUUGAAUGAACUUUGGUUCAAACAAGGUGAACAAUUGAUUCAGAACCUCAAUCAGCACAUUGCACAGUCAGCAGGACUAUUGGAACAUUCAGCUGACCACGAACCAACUGUGGAAGAACUUCUUGCCAUCACUACAAACAAACCACAUUUACACAAUGUUCAUAAAGCUGCUGGAAGAUUAUAUGCACUCACUUCAUUUUUUGAAAACUUGCGUCCCAUGCAAACUCCUUUAUCCCCAGUGAAAAUAGAAAGACCAUCCCAAGAAGCUCUUUUCCAAACACCUACUGACGACUUUAUAAAUCAACCAACAGACCCAAACCUUGUUGCGUGGAUCUCAAGUUCCUUUGGCUCUGUGAAGGAGUUUAGAAACCUUCUCAUCAACACUGCAAAAGCAGUAAAGGGAGACGGAACAGUAUGGUUGGUUGCUCAAAGCAAAUUUUCCCAUUCGAAUAGACCAGGAGCCAGCCAACAAGAUUACCACCACCACCCAAACCACCCAAACCACCACGCCUCACCUUCAUUUUCUGAGUUGGCCUUGGUUGUCACAUAUAAUGGUGGUGUUGUACAUGACGUUGAAAGAGCAGGCCAGUUGAGUCGUAUGAGGGAGAUUUUCAAGGACAAGGAAAGAAUGGCGAAAGACGAAGAAGAGGUUGGUGAGUCGAAAAGUGAGAAAACCACGGAAGCACUCAAAUCAAAGAAAGAGGUUAACGAAUUGCAAUUGGGAUCAGUCCAAGAGGCAGAAGAUAGAGUUGCAUUUAGUAACAGAAAGUUAAUCCCAGCAUUGGCAAUCGACGCCUCACCAAGAACAUACCUUGUUGAUUAUGGUGUUUACGGUAAGCAAAAGUAUUUGGAAAAUUGCUGGGAGUGCAUCGACUGGGAUGUGGUGAUGAGAAGAUUACCCGAAAGAAUGCACCAAAAGUUUGUAAUGUAA